CGGCGGGGCGGGCGGGGAGGAAGCGGCCCGGGCAGGCCGGAAGCGCCGUUGCGAGGGGCGGGCGGAGCGGCCGCUGGCCGCUUUACUGCCUGUCUACUUUUUGGAAGACUUCAGUCUGUUUGCCGUGCAGGCUGAUCCCUGUGGCUUAUAGUAACCAACACAAUCACAUGAGGUAGAGAGCUAGUUGCAGGCUCUGUUGCUCUUAAGAUGUGUAAUAAAGCACAUCCCUUCAAAGCAAAAGAUGCAGCCGUAAGGCCCUUCCAGACGCAGAGCACUUGACCCAGCUGCCGCAGUAGUGACGUCUCUGCCACCAUGGUUAGAAGCGGGUUUUAACUCUUGCAAAAGGAAGGAAGGAGUGAACAUUAGCCCAAGAAACAGCAGUUGCGCUGCAUUGUUUCUCCUAGGCAGCUCAAAGUAAGUAUUGCCAAUGGAUGAACUGGUGCAUGACUUGGCUUCAGCCUUAGAGCAGACUUCAGAACAAAACAAGCUGGAUGAGCUAUGGGAAGAGAUGGCCCUAAGCCCACGGCAGCAGCGACGUCAGCUUCGCAAGAGACGGGGUCGCAAACGACGCUCAGACUUCACGCAUCAGGCAGAACAUGCCUGCUGCUACAGCGAGGCCUCAGAGUCAAGCUUGGAUGAAGCUGUGAAGGAUUGCCGGGAGGUGCUGACAGCCAAUUUCAGUGACUCUGAUGACACAGCAGUGGUCAAACGACAUCCAGCUCUCAGUGCCACCCUGAGGAGCAAGCAACACUCGUGGCAUGAGUCAGACUCCUUUACAGAGAACGCGCCGUGUCGACCUCUCAGGCGCCGUCGGAAAGUCAAACGCGUGACAUCAGAGGUGGCUGCCAGUCUCCAGCAAAAGCUCAGGGUGUCGGAGUGGAACUACGAGAGGGGCUGCAGGUUCAAGUCAGCUAAGAAACAACGUCUUUCACGCUGGAAGGAAAACGCCCCUUGGACAUCAUCUAGUCGUGGCCUUUGUGAAACAGGAGAGAACAGGCCCUUCCUCAGCAAAGGGGGAAGGAAGGAGCGGAUGGAGUGCGAAGCUGAUGAGCAGAAGCAGGGCUCAGAUGAAAAUAUGUCUGAAUGUGAAACCAGCAGUGUAUGCAGCAGCAGUGAUACUGGCCUGUUUACCAAUGAUGAGGGCCGCCAAGGAGACGAUGAGCAGAGCGAUUGGUUUUAUGAAGGGGAAUGUGUCCCGGGAUUCACUGUCCCCAACCUCCUUCCCAAGUGGGGAGCUGACCACCGAUCUGAAGUGGAGCGGAUUGACUCAGGACUGGAAAAGCUCUCAGAUUCCACGUUUCUUUUGCCCUCGCGACCAGCUCAGAGAGGCUUUCAUGCUCGCCUGAAUCGCCUUCCAGGAGCUGCUGCCCGUUGUCUCCGAAAAGGUCGAAGGAGGCUUGUUGGCAAGGAGACCUCCAUGAGCACUGUGGGCACCGAGAGGCUAGGUCAUAUUGUUAGUGAUCCGCGCCAGAAAGAAAAGAACAAAGUGCUGGCUUCUGAUUUCCCUCACACUGUGGCGUUUGCACGUGAGUUCAAUCCAUUAUCUCCUCUGUACUCUCUGGAUGUGCUUGCUGAUGCUUCCCACCGAAGAUGCUCACCAGCACACUGCACCGCCAGGCAAGCAAAUGUACACCUGGGACCACCAUGUUCAAGGGACAUCAAGAGGAAACGAAAGCCAGCUGCAGCCUCCACGUCCAGCCCAACAUCAGCGACUUUAUCUGUGCACACGGAUGCUGCAGAGUCAGACCUACCAGCAACAACAUCCCUGAGAUCCCAGAACUCUGAGUGGACAGGGAAAAUACCAGCAGCUGAGAAAGCCACUAUUGCUGCCUCCACUAACUUUUUUAAAAUGCCGCCAGAGAAGAGCCCUGGAUACAGCUAAAAGAAACCAUUGCAACUGUAAAAGCUUGCAGGAUUUUGGAAGUGUUUGACUCUGGUGUAUGUCUUCAUCAAACAUCUUGUUUGGCAGUAGUGAUAUCUUCAGUAUUGGCACGUGAUGCGUGCCAUCAUCGAGAUAGAUCUGCGUGCCCCACAUAUCUAAACGAUGUUUGUGAAUCUGUGUUUAAAAAAAGGUAAUCAGUGUUGGGACUGCAGUGACUUUUUAAACUGUUCUUGCUAUUGCUGUAUUUAUUAUGCAUUCAUCUCCUUCCCUGAUGCCAGCUCCUAUGUGCUGGGAUGUAUACAGAAUCUUUUGGAUUUUCAGAUCUUGAUCUAUAUUCAGCCAUGGACAUGUUGCUUAUUUGCUGCAUUUGGCAUUUUCUGUGUGAAAGUACCCCCUGCCGCUCAAAGAGGCAAAAGUCCUUCCCCUGCUUUCUCCAAGGCCAGGAAGAUUUCUUGACUGGGGACUUAGGGGAGGGAAUGCUAACAAGAUGGAACAUGGAACCUGAAUUCUGUAGUAGCAGAAUGUUUUUAGGCCAUGUGUGAAUGAACUCAAACCACGUUGCUUCUAGUGAAGCAAAUACAGUGCUUGUCCAUUCAGAAAUUGCCCCAGGCUCACUGACAGCACGAUCCAUUUCCUUCUUCCUUGUUCUGAAUGUCUUUCGUCUUGCUUUGUGUAUUGCAUGUUCUUUCCUAAAUCUCCUACUGGAUAAGGAUUUGGAAGAACCACUUGGACAUAAAUGUGCAAGCUGGUGUCAUGGAAAGGAACCUGGGCCCUCGAAUAUCCUUAAAGUAUGGUAGAGGUUAUACCAAACUUCUGUUUCUCAGUGUUUAACUUCAAAAGAGACUGUCUGCAUUUCCCAGGACAUUUUCCAUCGAAGUUACCAUGUAACUGAACAACAACAACAAAAAACAUUUAAAGUGUCACUUGUGUUCAAAGCCUUCUUGGUACUGAUCAGACCACUUCUGUCUCAUGUUCUCCCUCCCUUCAAAAAAGUAUUGUCUGCUCUAUCUGUUGGAGGUGUCUCCACCUGCUGUUGAUUGUAUUUUACUCUGCAGCAUACACAGAAGAGAUUCUGUUCUCUUUGUAAUGCUUUCACUUGGUCCUCCGUUACCUUCUCUCUUGCCGGAAUAUAGGGAUAGUGAUUUCUCCCCUCUUUUUCAUCUAUUCUUGAUUGCAUUACAUGUACUUUUAUUGAGUUACUCUGCCUGGAGUUUAUUUUGGGCUAAAUUUUUAGGAUAUAUACCUGUAUAGCAUGUGUCAAAGGGCCAGUGGCCUCAUGGGUUCCCAAGUCCUUUAAAAAUAGGACAUAUUUGUAUGCACACAAUUACUUUUGCUUUCCUCUCUGGGUGGAGCUUCCAGACAGGACAACUGAAGCUCGUAAAAUUCAUUUUGAAUGUGGAGGUGCAGUUAGCGCUGUUUUUACUGGGUUUUGCAGUGUUUUUAGUGGUUUUACAGUGUUUGCCUCUCCCUUAUAAAUCAAAUAGCUGAGGGACAGAUUUGAUUUCAAAGCUAUAAGGCAGUGUUUUAUAUUUAAUUAUGUAUUAAUAUGUUAAAUGGUCAUAACAUAUUCAAAACAAAAUUGAACGGCUCAGUCUAAAUCAUGAUUGACAAAUACAGUUACGUUACAGACACACGGCCUGUGUCUGAUCCCCUAAUACCUACUUAUUCUUGGGGAAGUUGCAAAUUGGAUUUGUAUUUCGCAGCCCAAGCAAACUGUCAGAUCUGCCCAUGCAAAUCCCCCUCAAAAUAUUAUUUCUUUUUAGUGGUACAUUUUAGAACUAUUUAGAACAGGGAAAGCCUUUUUACCUUGCCAAAGGUGUACAGAGGUCAGUUUGGAUUAUGGGACAAGCAGUGAAGGCUUUGUGGAAUGAGGAGUGUUCCUGUUUUAAAAUAGCCCUUGGAUUUUUUUAUUUUGUACUUUGAGCACUUGGCUCAGUGGCGCUUGAGAGGUAGUGGACGAAGUCUCAACACUUGGAGGGCCUGUGAUCUAGAAUUUAUAAAGAGGAAGGAAACCUGAAAAGUAGUCAAUUGUCUAUCUUGUACUUGUGAGCACAGUGAAGGCAAUGGUGGUCGCAUUCUGCUGAUAGAGGGCAAAUAAAUUUUUGGUUUAGAGCUUUGUAACCCAACUUGCAGGGAGUGGUCCCCUGAAAGAGCAUUUGUGCAAUUCAGUGUUUAUCUCAUGAAGGCUCUUCCACAACCUCUCUUGGUUUGAGUCUAUUUAACAGACCCAUUCCAGUUACCAAGCAUUUAGUUGAAAUUUUAAAACCUGAUCUUCUAUGUUCCCCUUUUUAGAACAAUUCUGAUAAAGCAAGAUAUAUUCUAAGUAUUCUUCAGAGUUUCUUUUGUGGUGGCAGGACAGUUUACAAGACCUUUGGUGGCAGGAUCUUUACAAGAGGUGUUAGGGAAUCAACAGCCUUCAUCUCCCUCUUGGGAGGAAGGACACCAGACUUCACAUGAUUUUUCUCUGUGGGCAGUGAAAGAUAAAUUAUCAUCAGAUUUUCCUAUUGAGGUCAGUAGCACUGUUCAUCUGAGUAAGCCCUAAGGUUGUAAGCUUCCUAGGAGGUUCUCCUUGCCUUUAAAGGUUGAAUGUACCUGUUGUACUACUGCAGAGUAACUAUAGCAGGCCUUGUCUUGAUUAAUCAUGCUUCUGGCUAUGGCAUCUUCCUGGGAGUGCUUGGAGACUUAAAGUCUUGUAGCUUCCCUGUCUUUCCUAUUUCUAUGUUGGAAUCCAUUUGUAGGUCAGUCAGGCUCUCAACCAAAUUUGAUUCUCCUGACUGGCAGACAAGCUAUAUGAAUCACAUGUCAUGUUUCAUCUUGUUCCUCCAGGGUGUUUAUCUAAAUUCAUCUUCAUACUUCAGUAGCUUCAUUCAGUUUUGAAUAUUUGCAGUAUUCUUAAAUGAAUGAACUAGGUACGUUGCUUCAUCUCUUUUCCUCCAAGGCAGAUUCCUUAAACCUGUCCCAGGUACAAGAAUCUGCAUCUACCUUGGUUGGAAUUUAGGAGGUUUCUGUCUGCUCAGUCUGUCAAGGUCCCUUUGGAUGGUAUCACCACCCUCUAUCAUAUCAGCAGCUCCCCCUAUAUACAGCAUUUUUUCCUGUUCUCCUUGAGGGUAUGCUCUGUUCUGUUCUCCACAUCAUUAUGAAGAUGCUGAACAGCAUCGAUGCCAGUAUUGUCUUCUGAGGCAUGCUUCUCAUAACUUGCCUCCAUGUACACUUCAAACCACUGUUCAUUAUUCUUUGAGCCUGACAGUUCAACCAGUUUCUCGCUGACCUUUCUUGCUGAGCUGCGUCCAGUCCAUAGCUCCCCAACUUGGCUGUGAGGAUGCUUUAAGACACUGCAACAAGAGGCUUGCGAAGGUCCACGUAAGCAGCAUCCACUGCCUUCCACUCAUUCACAGAGCUUGUCAUUUCAUCCUAGAAGGCAGUCAGAUUAAUAGGUAUGAUUUUCCCUCGUUAAAUAUGGCUGCCUCUUCCUAGUCACCUUCUUGUCCUUUGUAUACUUGGAAAUGGCUUCCAGAACUUGCUCCAGAAACUUAUGAGGGACUGAGGUAAGGUUCACUCGUCUGUCAUUCCCCAGGUGGUCCUCAAUGCCUUUUUAGAAAGAGACACGAUAUACUGCCCUUUUGCCCUGUCACAUCAUGUAAUUUCCCCAGAAUUUCAAUUUUCAAUUUUCAAAGAUUAUGGAGACCAGCUCAUAAUGACAUUCUUAUGCAAAAAGAAUUUUGUGUAUGUGUGGCAAGAAGGUGCACAUUCAGUGGAAGAGAAAGAGCUGGGAGGAACACAAGUAGUUGUUCUUUGCACGUUUCCAGUAGUUGUUCCAAUGAGCUCUAGUGAGGCUUAAGUUCCAGUUUAGUAGGUACUGGAGAGGUGCAAAUUAAAAGAAUAGAUUUACGAUUUUAAGAUAAGGUGCAGUAAAGAGCAAAGAAGGCAGCAAAACAGUAGUUGGAGAGAAACUCAUAAGAGGCUGGGAGUAGUGCUACCGAAUGACAGAUUUGCUUCAUGAUUGUGCUGUGCAGAGGUGUGUCUUGCUAGCAUUCCUGAAGAAUGACAUUGAGAUGGUUAGUGCUGUCCUUCAAAUUGCAGAAGCUCAUGCUGUUACUUUGUGGAUGUUGUGGACAGCUGCUCAGUGGGCAGAGGAUUAGAAGGGAAAUAGGUGGAAGGGCAACAAUGAGAGUGGUUUUGUCAUUUUUUUUUUUAACACUGUAAUCCCCCUCUGCACUGAAGAAAGAACAUGCUACAAAAACCAAUGUAUGUGCCUGGAAACUGAAAAGAAAUUAUGUAAAGUGGAUAAGAACUUUGUUGUCUUCAGGAACAGUUUGUUAACCAGAAAAAUUUCAGUGAAACAAAAGUGGAGGCUGCUACCAGUCAUUUGUUCAGAAAAUGUACUUUAGUAGGAGUAUUGGUUAUAGUAGUAAUACUAUUUUAGGAGAAUAUCAAAGGAGGACAAAAUUCUGCUCUCACUGUGAUACUGCUUUCUAUUCCAGUUUGUGUUUGCAUUGGAGACAUUCUGCUUUUGUACCUUAAAAUGCAGUAAAGUUUCUUAGAGUAUAAAACGUAAGGGGCUACUUGCUUUACAGAAGGCAAGACAAGGUUCUUAGGCCAUUAAUUUUUACUCACUACAAGGACAGAACUUGGCAUAGAGAGAGAAUGUAGCCUCUUAACUAUACCAAAGCAUCUCAUUGUUUAAGGAAGUAAACUGACUCACAGGCAUGUGAGACUGAACUGUCACCAGUUCCUGGAGCCCUCAAUCAGGUAACAUACAGACUUGUGUUGUGGAGACAUAGGGAACCCUCAAUGUACAUCACAAUUUUAAUGCAGGUAAAAUUCCUUCCCAAGUGCAGACCCGGCUGUUAGUGUGACUUCAGUGUGUUGAGAAUAGUGUGCCAACUGGCAUACCCAGAAAGAGAAUUCUUGCACCACCUCAAAGAAUUGGUAGAAGUAGAAAAUGGACCGGGACAGCUUCUUUUAUGUCAAAGAAAGAUGCAAAAUAUAUAUAUCUGCAGAAGAUAAUUGGAAAAAGUAUUGCUGACCCCUGCAUGUGUGACCCUGUGUAUUCAUUGUCUUAAAGCAGAGCUGUCAGUAUUAUGAGGAUGAUCAGGGUUUUGCAAAGCUGUCCUCUUUUCCUUGUAACCUCUGAAGGAAUGGGAUGAGCAGCAUAAGGAAGGCAGCCUGACCCAGUGCAGAAGGUUUGUCUAGCUUGGCUUGUAUUCUGUCUCACAGUGGCCAGGUUUGGAUGUCUAGGGGGUACCUGAGAACAAAGGAAUUAGAUAGUGAGACCUCCCUUUUACAUUCUCUUAGCCACAGUGCCAAGUAACAAACAAGACUUAAACUUUCUUCAAGGCUGGAGAAAGCUUUUGUGAACCUUUUAGCUAUGGUAUCCUGCAACUGGAUUUAAUUAUAUUUUUAGAAGGACAAGUAAUCUGACUUCAGAAGCUUCAAGUAAGGAGUAACUCAUCUUCCUUGGUAGUCAUUUUUAUUAUUAAUUGCCCUCCCUAUUAGGAAAUUGCAUCUUCUCUUGGAAUAGUUCUUUUCCUAGAUAUCAUCAUCCUGACACUGUUUCUUGCUAUGCUUUUUUUCCAGCAAGCUUGAGAAGUGCUAUUCUUCCUUUACAACUAAGCUUCUUUGUCUUGUAUAACUAGCUAUACACAGUCAACAAGUACUUGUAAUCCAUUAACACAUGUAAGUCAUUAUUCAUAAGCUUCACACUAUAAAACUUGUCAUUCAGCCUUUUAAUUCCAUUCCUGCAUGAAAAUACCCAGUAUUCCACAUUCAUCUGCAUUCAGUUCUAGUGUCUGCACACAGUAUUCUUUACAGAAGCAGGAAAACUUGCUUGCCUGUUGCUAUUCAGCCUUCAUAUAUUCAUAUAACCAAACAUCAUGUUAAUCCUUGCUGCUCAAACACUGCCGUAGCACUACCAUAACGCUGGUAUGGAGGCAGCAGACUCAAUCUAAAGUUCUUAUAGCUGCUUUUCUAUGCACAGACUCCUAGAAAUAAGAAUAAUCUUUUUUAUUAUUAUUAUUAUUAUUCUGAAAUGCGCCAUGUUUCUUUAGCUGUAUUACAGUGCAAUUUUGGACUAACAGGUUUUAUAAUUCAGAAUACUUAAGAACUUAGUCUCUUUGGUUUUAUCAGAAGAGGAUCAGAGAUGGCUUGCCUGUGUAGUAGAAAGUCCCCUAUGGAAGUGGAAAUACCAGGAAAUAAAGCGUUUCACAUCUUGAGCAGGUGGGCCUAAAAAUAAGCUGGAAGCCAAAGUCAAAUGAAUUCAAGGUAGAAAUAGGGUGUGAGGUUUGAACAGUGAGGACAAAUUAACCAUGGCACAAAGCACUGUGGAAACUGUAGGUUCUUUGUAUCUUCAGGCUUUGGUUUGAAGACGGCAGCAGCUUCCUGGAAAGAGUGUUAUAGCCAAAUAUAAACCACUGGGAUAAAUACAGAGGCAUCUAAAAGUCAGUGAAUGGUCAAUUUUAUACAAUUUUCCAGUCAAUUUUGGUCAACUUUACUGUCUCCAUGAAAUGAGAGUUGCUUCUGGUUUAGAAUCUUGGAGAAGAAGUCUGGCUUUUUUUCUACAUUGUAGAGAUCUGUUGAAAAAUGGGAGGUCUUUUGGCAAACAGAGAGAAAAACCAUGGUGGUGAAAGUUUUAUGGUGUUACCAAAAAUUGUCUUGAAAUUUGCAUGGGAAGGUGCAAAGGUGAGAAAAAAUUACCUCUGCCAUCUGAAAGGAUGCAUCGUUUCUGCAUGCUUGUUGAUUUCUGAGUAGUACAAUGACAUACAAUUGUGCAAUCCUGAGACACAUGAUCACUCAGUGGAAGAUGCUCCUUGGUGAGGACUUCCUCGUUCUUGCUGUACUGGCUGCUGUUUCAGGGUGGCAUUCACCAUGUUCAUGCUUAGCUUCAGCGACUGUCUCAGUUCUUUCAUUCAGCUGUGUGAACAUUGCACUGGAAUUGGAGACAAGUGAGGAAGAGCAUUGGUGGGAUUAUUACCCUGAUAGGAUAGUUGCCAAAAAAAAAAAAAAAAAGCAAUAUCUUUCUUACCUACUCUAGCAAUAUGGCUGCCUCUUUUCUCUUCUGUGGCAUAAAAAGAUGCUUCUCAAUAGGAGUGUCUCUGUGGUGGCCUUUAGCUUUCACUAUCACACCAAAAGAGCAAGAUGGGAGGUUUCUCCCUGUGGAAGAGUUGUGCUGCACUCAUCUGAGCGGAGAUGCUGUGACUGGAGGAAGCGCUUUUCUGGUAGUCUAUGCCCUAACAUUAGGGAGCAGUGACCUUGUGGAGUGCAGCUUUAAAAUGCAUCAUGCUAUAUUUGUUCUAAAAUAAAUGUGAAAUAUAGUGAAGGAAUAGUGCC